GAUACAAAGGAGGAGGUCUCAGAGAAGCCAAAGUCUGCUCCAACCGCAGAGAAGUACGGCUGGAUUAAGAAAAGCAGUGGGGGGCUCCUGGGAUUGUGGAAGGAUCGUUACAUCCAGCUACGGAAGACGCAGCUCGUGGUCUAUGAGGACGAGGAUGAACAGAAGUGCAUAGAAACAGUGGAACUGGAGAGUUAUGACAAGUGCCAGGAACUGCGUGCACUACUGAAAAAGAAAAACCGUUUCAUUUUAAUCCGCUCCCCGGGUAAGAAGGUUCAUGAUAUCAAAUUCCAAGCUCCAACUUUGGAAGAAAAGGAAUCAUGGAUAAAAGCUCUAAAUGAAGGGAUCAAUAGAGGCAAAAACAAAGUAUUUGAUGAGGUGAAAGUAGACGAGAGCCUUUCCUUGGACCACGUAACUCGGGACAGAGUGAAAGUGACCCACGGGCGCAGGCCACCCACGAGAAGUCACCUAAAGGAGGCUGCCAAGUCUACAUCUGAUGGCAUCCUGCGACUAGAUCUGGAUAUAGUAGACAAUGGACCGCCAAACUUUGACUCCACUAUCAGCGAAAGUGACAAUGCGCCACCUCAGAAAGAAACUCCAAAGCCACCUAUGCCACCUACAAAAUCCACUGGCACAAAAGAAAACCAAGAUGCAGAGAACCAUGUCCUUGACCAGGAACAUAAAAAACCUCCAUCUCCUCCGUUGCCUCCAGAUAAGAAGCUUAAGGAAGGCAUAGCAUCAAAGGACAAUGUGAAUGCCAAGGAAGAGGACUCUGUAAGGCCAGAGGAGAAGGUGGAAGGAUCCCAAGCACCAAGUGAGGAGAACAGAGAGAACCUCAUUGAGGUCAGCAACAAGGGCAUAGCAAAAGCUCCAACUCCUCUUCCUAAGAGCGUCCCAGACAAGCUAAAAGUAGCUUGGGACCAAACAGUCCCUGAGCCUAAAAACACAGAAGACUUGAAAUCAUCAGGAGAUAGUAGCAAAGACAACCUUGCUGAGAUUGCUGCUGCGGAUGUUACAAAGCCUCCUGUUCCUCCUAAGAUUCUGUCAGAAAAAAUGCUAGCCACAAUGAACUCGAGCCAUGGUGACCUGGAAGCUGGGGGCUGGAAAGACCUGGAGUCUGGCAGCUCCAAGCCCCCAGUGAAUGGGAUUGCAGCCAGCGAGGCAGCAGAGUUCACAUCCCCAACAGCUGAAACUGAAGAAGGAAAUGGGAGAACCUCUGCCGAGAAGGAACAGCAAACUUCAACAGAAGAGACAGAGACUUCCUUAGCUACAGAAACAGGCCACGAGAGUGUAAAACCAACUAUCGAGAAGAAAGCAUCGGUAGAAAGCACUUCAGGUCUCAAACUUCGCAGUUCUUCUCUGGGAGACUUGCUGUCUGAUUCCAAAAAUACACAGAGAGCACUUCCAAGCCAAGGCUUCCCCAAGGAUUCCCAUCACUGCUUAGCUAAAAUGGAGGAGAAGGUUGCUAAUGAAAGGGAAAAGGCAGAAAAACUUCUGCAGAAGGUUUUACGUGAAGGGUUGGAACAGGCCCAGGAGGGGAACGGACCCCCAGUGAUGGCAGAGACAUUGCUCAAUGAGGCGGUAGAACAACUUCGGCAAGCUACACAAGUUUUGCAAGAAAUUAAAGGUCUUGGAGAACUGAAAAAAGAAGCAACACAGAAACAGAAAGAAAAGCAAAAGGAUCUAGUGACUCUUUAUAGGAGAAGUGCUCCCUGA